AUGUUUGAUUCCGGCUAUCUAUUGGCCAGUGGUCUGUCACACAUUAUGAUCAGUCAUAUGCCGCCUAAACUGCUAAAAAUUGUGAAUCUGAUUGGCAUUAAAGGGGUUCAUCACAUAGGAAUGGCAAAUGUGACCAGGGCUGCAUUUUUUCACGCCUUACGGUGCGAAUGGAGUGAAUGUAUUAAAUACGCGGAAUUCAUUCGCUUAGGGAGUCGUCAUUCACCCGCUUAUACCACAUAUUGUGAGGCUAUCUUCAGAUAUGUUAAGAGUGUUGAAGACAAUGAUAAGUCGGAAAUGGAAAGGGCUGUCCAACUGCUACGAGAUGUGCCGUCAGUUCGCGUCCGAUAUUUCGGGAAAUCAGUGACACUGGAGAAGAGUGCUGUUCAGAGGGCUGAGAAGUGGGCCAAUACUCACCAGUGCUCCCUAUUGCCCGAUAUGGAUCUGUUAUACCAGUGGAAUAUGUUAUCCUUCAUUAGAGGCAAUGCUAUCCUAUUGAAUAGAUUUAUGGACAGAAUUAUGGUUCAAAUCGACAGAUAUACUUCUGAUUUAAAAACGAGUGAUUAUUUGGAUAACUAUUUGACGGCUCUAUUCUAUAAAGGAAUCAUUCAUAGGCUGUCCUUACAGUAUACCGACGCCAGGAAAUGCUUUAAAACAGUGUUUGAAGAGGAGGCGAGAAUUAGCCACGAGUUUGCGAUACCACCGCAAGCGGUUCUGGAGUUAGGAUUAGUGGAACUGGAGCUCAAUAAUGGUGACGAGGCUAAGAUGUGGCUGAAGAAGUGUACUCAGGAUUACAGCAAUUAUACGAAUGAAAACUUUGUUCAUUUGAGAGCUUAUGCCGCUCUCAGAGAACUCGGGGUUUCCACUGAUAAACAGACUGUUAAUCAGAAUAUGUGUUUGUAUUCAUAA